GACCCGAUUGUAUAGAAGUGAUUCUAGACAAUGGUGGUUGCAAAGUAGUAGUGUUUAGUGCAAGUAUAUAUAGUUAGCUUUGUCUGCAUAACCUGGAAAACACAUCAUGGCUAUGCAGCGGCGCAGCAAUAAGAAGAUAACAGACAACAAUGGUAUUGAGAAAAAAAUUAAAAGGGGAAACGCUCAGAGACAGGCUGUGUGGUGGAAGAGGCCCCAGGGUGCCCUGUUCUUCUUGUGUUUGCUGUCUAUCUUAGGAUGCCUAGCUUGGCUCCUCCUCAGCAUGGAAGAUGGUACCGUGGAGAUCCUCAUCAGACAGAGUGAAGUUGUGGCUGAGAGGGUGUUCCUGGUGUCAUGCUCUGAGGACUACAAAAACUACAAACAAUACCCUGACUGCACCCCUCAGAGAUGUGGCCGGGCAGUGACAGACUCUGUAGUGAAUAGGGAGGAGUCGGCAAAGUUGAAAAGGCUGGCAGAGAGAGGUCUCUCAUUAGGAGGCUCAGAUGGGGGUGCAUCAAUUCUUGAUCUACAUUCAGGGGCCUUAUCCAUGGGGAAGCAGUUUGUCAAUAUUUACAGAUAUUUUGGAGAGCAGAUCAAACAAGUCUUUUCCGAAGAGGAUUUUGAGCUUUAUCGAACAGUACGACAGAAAAUACAAGAAGCAAUUGCCCAGACAUUCAGCCUGGACCCUUCUCGUUUGUACCUCACCAAGCCCACUUUCUUCUCCCGGAUCAACAGCACCUUGGCCAAGACCACUCAUGAUGAGUACUGGCACCCCCACAUUGACAAGGUAACUUAUGGCUCCUUUGAUUACACCUCUCUGCUCUACCUGUCAGAUUAUGGGACAGAUUUUGGUGGCGGCAGAUUCAUCUUCAUGGAUACAAUGGUGAACAGGACUGUAGAACCCCGUGCAGGACGUGUAUCGUUCUUCACCUCUGGCUCAGAGAAUCUCCACCGUGUGGAGAAGGUCAGCUGGGGCACACGAUUCGCCAUCACUGUAUCUUUCACCUGCAACCCUGACUAUGCCAUUUCUGACCCUGCCCUGCCCUAGAAAAGAAUUCCUGGAGAGCAGCACCGCCCCCUGCAGCUCGGAGGACUCCUGGAACACAAACAAAGGAUGUGGGGUGGGGUGGGAGGGAGAGAGAAAGGAAAACAGUAAGUGACAGCCUUAACAGUGCUUUGUCUGUUUUCUCUUUUUUGAAAGGUAUACAUGCCUUUAAAGAACAUUGUGAAGGUUUGUUUAGCCCAAUAUUGUAACUGCAAAGCACACAGAGAAGAUGAUUGGUUAAUGAAUUUAAUACGUGUGAAAUCACUGCACCACUUUCACUUUAAAGCCUGAUUUAAAGUCUAAUGUUGCCUGCAGUUGUUCACUUGUGUUAAUGUGUUUAUCCCAAUAAGAGUGUUCUUUUUUGCUCCAUUGUUUCUCAUGUAAAUCCUAAAAAAGCUGUCAUCAAUAAUGUCUAUAGAUUAUCUGCAGUUUAUAUAUAGGCAGAAAAGUAUCCCAAAACAAACACAUUUUUCAUUUAGUUUACUGAGGAUAAGAUGCCAACUCCUGCACAUGAAUCAGUUUUAAUCUCAAUUGCUAAAAAUAGUUACCUUCUAGAUUUAAUGAUUUAAUUAACAUUGUGAUUUUUAUUAAUGAUUUCUAAAAAAGCAUUUUAUGGUCAGCACCAUAAGAUAUUAAGGUAAUCAAAAGGGGGGUUCACAAGAUACAAAAAAUGUUCAAAAUGUUUGAAAAAUUAGACAAAUCUAGUUCUUGCCUAAAGUUUCACAUUGUCUUCUGAUUUAAAGGCUUUUUUGUAUGUUUUGGCUUUUUUAUCUUCAUUUUUCACCAUAGUCCUUUAUUUUUCUCAUAUUUGUGUUUUUUAAAUAUGGGAUUUAUCUGUAUAUCUAGUAGAGAAGAAUAGAAGUAGUAUUUCAGUAAUAGGAUGGGAGUUCAAUGUUACCUCUAAAGACAAAGAAUGUCAGAAAACUGAGACUUCAAAAUUAAGUAUGAAAUACCACACUGCCCCAAAAAACACUGUUACUUUUUCUACAAUGGAAGUUUUUUGCAACCUAUCUACUUUAAAAAUACUGGUAUAUACAGUACAAAAAUGAAAAUAAAAUAAAAUAAAAAAAGUAAAACAACUGAUGUAAAGUGUUAUGGGAAAUAUAGUAUGCUCACUUCCAAUUGUCUUGAUUUUGCUUUUAAUUUAUAAUUCUGUAUUGAUAUGUAACUUCUGUGUUAUAUUAUUUAUAACAAUGUUAAUUCUUUUUCACUGUUUGUUUCAAUGGUGCAGUUGUGUCACCAGGACUGUUGUUUUCUGAGGGAAUGUGCUGAUCGGAGGGUCAUCACAGAUCAGGUUUCUGGGUCCUCCAAUAAAACUGGGUCAUGUUUGAUCUAACACAAAGUCAACAUUCCCACUCAGCGAUCAGGUGUAUUAUUUUUUAGCUAAUCAUAAUAGACUGGAUAAUGUUAAGAUUCAGACUAUUUUUUUACAGAUAUGACUGAAAAGCUUAAUCAAAUCAUAUUGUUAUUUGUUUCUGUAUUUUUAUUGAAAAUAUGAAUAAAUAAACACUUUAUGUUCAGCCAAAAGAGAGCAUAAAGUAUUUCUGGAAAA